UCUCCUUUCUGUCCCAUCCGCAGCGACCAACAAAAUGUUCUACUACUUUGUUAGCUGAUCACUUUGAAUUUUGAUACAGCCGUGCACUCAAGCUGGUCUUAAGGACAAGAAGAAGGAAGCUCGUACCCCGCGACGCUGUAGUACAAAUUUGUGCUGUGUCUCCCAGCCCGGCUCGGCUCAUUCUGCGGUCUGCACAUUCAAUACCACAGGCAGCAUUCCCUUCCCCUCCGCCUCCACCCCAUCUCUGCCUCUCGUACGCCUGGAUGGCGCCGCAGCAGAAGGUGGUCGUGAAGGUGUCUUCUAUGAGCGACGAGAGAGUGAAGCAGAAAGCCAUGGAGACCGUCGCAGACAUCUACGGUAUUGAUUCGAUAGCCGCGGAUCACAAGGAUCAGAAGAUGACGGUGAUAGGUGACAUGGACUCCGUCGUGAUCGCCAAGAAGCUGAGGAAGUUCGGGAGGAUUGAUAUCCUCUCCGUUGGGCCGGCCAAAGAAGAGAAGAAGGAUGAUAAGAAAGGGGAGAAGAAGUGAUCAAACUUGUAUUUUUCUUUUUUUUGACAUACCGAGUGAUCAAACUUGUUUUUGAGGGCGAACAUACCGAGUUUUCCGGUUCGCUCUGUAGACUGUAGUCUAGUCUAUAUAUGUUCAGACAUCUCCAGACGUAGUGUUUACACUUACAGGGUUGUGAAGCGUUCGAGAUUCAAUCAGAGAUUCAGAGGUGAUAUUUCAUAUCUGUAUAAUUGUUCGCGUUU